AUGGCUUCUGCGGUUCUGAGUGCACUCGGCUACGCCAGCUUUGGUUUUUUGGCGCGCUGCUACGCCCUGGGUAUCCAGAAGCGUAACAUUCUCGACAACUUUGGCGGUCACGCCGCGUUUGCGGGUGCGUUUGGUGCGCUUGGUUACUGGCUCCACGGCGUCAAGAUCUCGCAGCAGGAGCUGCUGGAGAAGAAGCAGAAGGAGCUCACGGAGCGCCGGUUGGCAUAA